AUGGCAGACGUUCAUUCACAACAAAGCGAAGCGCAAUCCAAACCGCCUAGAUCUCUUUUCCCACAUCAAUUUGGCGCAGUUGCGAGCUCCUCAACCAACUCGAAAGACGAUGACUCGAAGACAAAACUACCCAGUGGUGUGGUUCUAGAUAAGGACGGAAAACCAUGUCGACUCUGCACCUCCGCCGCAUCCUGGCGCGCUUUAACCAAACAGGCCAAAGUCCAGGGAGCAUCAACCUCAACCAGCGAGCCCGUCGCAGAACCCUCCAGCUCCGAGUCCGCGCCAUCCCUCCAAACAACCCGAGAUGAAUGUCCCCCAGAUGUUGAAAAUUUAGGCCGGUCAACGUGGACCCUCCUUCAUUCCAUGACCGCCACAUACCCGGUCAAGGCGACGCAGGAACAGCAAAGUGAGAUGCGCACGUUCUUGAAGCUCUUCUCGCGCCUGUAUCCGUGCUGGGUUUGCGCGGAUGACUUUCGGACGUGGAUGGCUGAACCGAGUGGUCGUAAUGAGCCCCGAUUGGGCGGAAGAGCGGACUUUGGGACGUGGAUGUGUGAGGCGCAUAACGAGGUGAAUCGGAAAUUGGGGAAGAAGGAGUUCGAUUGUCGGUUUUGGGAGGAGAGGUGGAGGACGGGUUGGAAGGAUGGACGGUGUGAUUGA